AUUUGUGUACACCACUCAAUCAACACAACUCUAUCCAACAAAAAACCCUACGAAAUCAUCAAAAAAAUAAAUAUUAAAAAGGGUUAAAGAGGGUUAUUAAUCAACUUAUAAAAGUGAAAGCUACUGCUAUGAGUCAUGUACAAUUAUCAGUAGGCUCGGAAUGCUGGGUAUCAAACAAUGAAGGAUGCUGGGAUUCUGCCAAAGUAGUUGAUAUAAAAGACAAUAGAGGAGGGAAAUGUGUCGCUACUGUCAAGAAGCACAAUGGAACAUUAGACACAACAAACUACCAGUCUUUACAACCGAGAAAUCCAAGUGUAAAUGAAGCUCCAAUAGACCUAACAACUUUAACUUAUUUGAAUGAACCGUCGGUCCUUCAAGCAUUGAGGUAUCGAUAUGAAAACCAUCUUCUUUAUACGUUUUCAGGCAUAGUCCUUAUAUCUGUGAAUCCGUACCAACUACAUCCGGAGCUCUAUAAUGAAUCCGUUAUUAAACGUUAUCACGAAAAUCGCGAGUGUACGAAAGAGCCUCAUCUGUACUCAAUUGCCAGUUCAUGUUAUAGUGCUUUGACUAAUGACGAUGAAAACCAAACAAUUAUUGUCUCCGGAGAAUCUGGUGCUGGAAAAACCGUAGCGGCGAGAUAUAUUAUGAGAUACUUAACUUCUGUGCAGGCUUUAGACAAGGCCACUUCAAAACGCUCAGUAGAAAAUCAAGUGCUUGCUACGAACCCAAUCAUGGAAGCCUUUGGAAACGCUAAAACCAUUCGUAAUGAUAACUCUUCAAGAUUUGGAAAAUAUGUAACGAUAUCCUUUAAUGAAGAGGCGGCUAUUACGGGUGCGAAUGUAAGUACAUAUCUUCUGGAAAGAUCUCGUGUUACAUGUCCUCCUGUUGGUGAAAGGAAUUACCAUAUAUUUUAUCAAUUACUUGCUGGGUGUACGCUAGAACAAAGGGAAAAGUGGUAUUUGGGAUCCCCUUCUGAGUUUAAUUAUUUGUCACAGGGAAAUUGCAUCGAUGUUGAAGGUGUCAAUGAUAAUAAUGAGUUUACUACAACAGCGAGUGCGCUUUCAACCGUUGGUAUUCUAGAAAAUCAACAAGAGGAAGUUUAUAAAUUACUCGCUGCAUUACUACAUCUUGGCAAUGUUACCAUAGUUGCCAGUCGUAACGAAGCUACCAUAAAAAGUGAUGACAAGUAUUUAUGUUAUGCUUCACAGCUUUUAGGAAUCAAUCCUUCUGCCUUAGCUAAACUGUUGUCUAAAAAGUUAUUGAAGACUCGGUCGGAAACGAUAGUCACCUCAGCUUCCUAUGAACAUGUGCUUAGUACUAGGGAUUCGGUAGCCAAAUAUCUUUAUUCAACAUUAUUUUCAUGGGUCGUACACAUGAUCAAUGCCUCUUUGGAUCAUUCUAAGGUUAAAAGAUCUGCAUCAAAGCAUAUCGGUGUCGUCGACAUAUAUGGCUUCGAACACUUUGAACGGAAUUCUUUAGAGCAGUUUUGUAUCAACUAUGCAAACGAAAAGCUUCAGCAGGAAUUUAACAAACAUGUUUUCAAACUUGAACAGGAGGAGUAUAUUAGAGAAGGUCUUGAUUGGAGACUUAUUGAUUAUGCUGAUAAUCAAGGUUGCAUUUCUUUAAUAGAGGAUAAUCUUGGAGUUUUAUCUUUAUUAGAUGAAGAAUGCAGACUUCCGUCUGGAACAGAUGGAUCGUUUUUACAAAAGUUGAACAAUCAAACCCCUCAAAAGCAUGCUCCUUUUUUUAAAAAAUCUCGCUUCAAUGAUGGGUCUUUUACAAUCAAGCACUACGCUUCAGACGUUACUUACCAGGUUCAAGAUUUUCUAGCCAAAAAUUCAGAUUCCCUGCCUGUUGAGAUUAUAAGUUUAUUGAGGUCAUCUGAAAACCAAUUUGUAGCUUAUCUUUUGGAUUAUGGUACUCAAUCCAUAGAUGCCCAUAAUACAGCUACAAAAAAGAGGAUAAAUAAUAAAAAGCCCUCAUUAACAUCAAUGUUCAGAACAUCACUGUCACAUUUGAUGAAUACUAUUUCAGCUACGAAUGUGCAUUAUAUUAGAUGCAUAAAGCCAAAUGAGGAAAAAACGUCUUGGUCGUUUUCUGCACCCUUAGUUCUAAGUCAAUUACGAGCAUGCGGUGUUUUUGAGACAAUACGAAUUUCUUCAUUAGGAUUUCCAAAAAGGUUUUCCUAUGAUGAAUUUACAAAACGGUUCCGAGUACUGCUUUCUUUUCGUGACUGGAAUCAAGACUCUAAAAAGCUUUCGUUGCAAAUUAUUUCUACUGUGCUAUCAACCACUAAUAGUGCCGAUUAUUUUCAAUUCGGUAAACUAAAAGUCUUUUUUCGGUCGGGUGUAAUAGGACUUUACGAAACUCGUCGUCGAGAACUAUGCAACAAGUCAAUAACAUUAUUGCAGUCUUUAUUCAGAGGAUUCAGUGCUCGAAAAAAGUAUAAAAAAGUAUUAGAAUCUAUCGUAGGUCUGCAAUCUCUAUCUAGAGGGAAAUUGGCAAGAGAACGAUUUCAAAAGAGAAAAAGAGAGAUGGCUGCUACGAUUAUUCAGAAUCUUUGGCGAACCUAUCUACAAAGGAAAAAAUACAAUACUUUUAAGAAGUUAAUCACGGGUUGCCAAACCAUCGGGCGUGGCUAUUUGCUUAGGACAAAAUAUAAAACAUUACUUCGUAAACAUGCGGCUUCUGUCAUUAUUAUGAACUGGAGAAGUUAUCAUGCCGGAGUUGCGUUCCGAAAAUAUAAAAGGACAGUUAUUGGCUUUCAGUGUGUUGUUCGAUCAGUGUUAACUCGCCGAUACUUACGCCAAUUGAAAGAUACAGCAGGCAGAUCCAGCAUUUUACUGGAGAAAAGGAAAUCCCUCAGAAAAUCUGUUAAAGAAGGAUCUUCUAUGUUAGAGACUGCUACUAAGGAAGUAGUUGGUUUACGAAACAAACUGUCUGAGAUGACUAAAUCUCUUGUACGAUGGAAAGGCCUAUUCACUGAUCCUGAAUUAAAGAACGACGUCAAUUCAGAUUAUUAUAAGCAUGUAAAUGAGCACUCGCAGAUCUCAGAAUUGCUGCAUGGGGAGGUGAAGCUACGGCAGGCAGCUCUCCAACUUUCAGCUGCUGCAUCAAAAUCUGAAACUGUGUUCAUAAAAUCUCAAUUAGCUCGUGACAAUCUUAAUACUUACUAUAAUACCCUCAAGAAAACUGCAUCCUUGAAGUCUAAAUAUGAUACUAAAGGGUUGCACUCGAGGAAUAUAUUUUACACUCGAGACCAAUAUCUCAAGUAUCAUUCUACACUGAUGUUUCUACCUACUUAUGAUUGGACGAGUGUUGAAGAGAGGUAUAAUUUGAAAGGACUUGAAACACUACUAAAGUCAAAACUGCUACAUUGUAAAAAGGAUAUCCAAUCGAUUUUGGUAUCCGACGCUUUCCCUACUGCUUUAAAUCGUUAUAAUAAAAAAUAUAUGCAAACUCGAUCGGUGGGAGAUUCACUAGUCUUUGGAGGAGUUAUUAACUUUCUAAUAUAUUCAGGUUGUAUUUACUCGCUGAAGGAAGAACUUGAUAUCUUUAUAAUGAAGUUGAAUGGUUGCAUAUCUUUCCUUGCUGAACUAUCUGACCCCUGUUUGGACGAGUCAAAUGUAUCUACUGAGUUUAAGGUAGAAUAUUCUGCCUUUUGGCUUUCAAACCUUCAUGAAGUGCGUUCUUUUGUUACAUAUUUGCAAUCUUCGUGUGAAAAGGAUCUUUUUACUCGAAAAGACGAAACUUACUGGAAUGCUUCAUUUUCGAAACUUCUGAAAGUUACGUUAGAAGCCGAAGGAUCACUUUUCCUAUUUUUACGGAAUUCUGCUAAUCAUUUCAUUGAAGGCUCAUCUGAGGCAAUAUUAUGUUCACGACUUCUUUCAGAUCUUAUCGAUAUAAACACUGAGGCUAGGAAGCAACCAAAAUCAAAUAUGCAUUUGCUGAUUGAAAAACUUGACUAUGUAUACGAUCUGAUUAAUAAGUCCUCUUUACAAGAAGCCCCUUUAAAAGAAAUAACAACUUUAAUCUUGCAGUAUGUCGGGGAAAAUGCCUUUUCAAAGUUGAUAAAUGGACGUACAUGUUACACGUGGAAAGAUGGUUCUCAAAUAUCAUACAAUACUUCACUCCUUAUUAAUUGGUGUCAUCAAAAAGGUCUGAGUUAUAGUAAUACUUCACUCCUUCCUUUAAUGCAGUCUUCUCUGCUUUUUUCUUUGCGUAAAAAAGACGAACAGGAUUUUAAAAUUAUUCUGUCAGUUUGCAAUUUACUUUCUCCUUACGAAAUAAUACGCUUACUGGAUCAUUAUCGUCCUUGUAUAGGAGAAGAACAAUUACCAAAAGCUUUUCUGAAAGCUGUUGAGCAAACUGCACAUGUCGUUAAACCUGGUGAAAUGAGAAGAAAAGUAAAUUCUGUUGGUUUCAUACCAGUUUCCUCUAAUUUCUUAGUGUUAUUAGAAGAAAAUCCAAUAUAUGAUGAACUUCACCUCGCCGCAAUGACAAAAGAAAUACAACAGAACUUAUUCUAACGGUUUUCUAGACAAAGUCUAACUAAAUUACGUUCGUUACGUCGAUAAUAAAUGCACUAAUGAAAUAUUCACUGAUGAUAUUAUUGAUUUCAACCAAAGACAUUAAGAGAGAAGAAGCUCUAUCAUUAUUAAUAUUUGCUGUAAGCGAGCUUUUGCUUCCAAGAGUGGAUGAGCUUGACUUUGUAUUUUAUCGCUUGAAAAUAGAGUCCCAUCUCAUUGUAAUCUUCAAACAAAGUUAGUUUCGUCUUUUCCAAAGGUUCAUUAAAUGCGGGAAAAAGAGGUUGUAUUGCAAGAAGAGACAACGAUAGUUUUUUAAGCUGUCGUUGGUCAAUAAAAUUACAAGAAGGCAAGUGCUCUAAGAUGUGAAUAAGUAGGAUUUUCAAACUAGGUAGGAAAAUAUUAGCCCUUGAUAAUGGAGUUUUAUUUUCAGCAAUUCUUCCAUUGCAAGAGGUAGUUUGAUUGAUCAGCCA